AUUCAGUACAGCCAGAACGCUCCGCCUAUGAUGUUACUUGUGUAUUGAUGUUAGUUUGGAGGAGUCGGGAGCCGCGGUGCCACAGUGCGACAAGUUGCUUUGUUCUCCCUUAAGGGGAGACGGGCUACUUCCUACUAGUAGUAUCAUGGGUGACACGGGGCCCCGUCACAGCGGUGGGGUUUGUAUUGAGGGAAGCCCGUGGAUUUGGCAGCUUUUACAACAAUGCGUGGGAAAUGCUUGGGAGUACUGGAGCGUCAUUGUGGGGCUGCUGUCCAUCACUUGCUUCUUGUUUGCUGCUUUGCCUCAGUUGUAUGUGGCCCAUACGAAUGGAAGAGUGGACCAGGCACUUUCCCUUGGGUUUUUGUUGUGUUGGUUUGGAGGUGACUUCACGAAUUUCGUUGGCUGCUACCUGACCAAUCAACUGCCACUUCAGAUUAUUACAGCUAUUUUGUAUGUGAACAUGGACAUAAUUAUGAUCUCACAAUUCUCCUACUACAAACUGAAAAAUAACAGGUUGAAAGGGAAUGGAAGCCUAAAGGGAAUUUGCAUAUUGUGGGUAGUCCUUUCCAUUACCUUGUCUAUCAUACUGCCUAGCCAAUUGCUUCUGAAAAAACAUGACAAGAACACUGAUGUGGAAGUAAACCAGAAAACUAUUGGCAUUACUGAAAUGUCUGGUUUCAUUUGUGGGUAUGUUUCGUCUGUUUUUUAUUUGGGCUCCCGCUUUCCCCAGCUUCAUAAAAAUUUCCACAGAAAAUCCACAGAGGGCACUUCCUACUUGUUAUUUGCGUUGGCCAUGCUUGGAAACUGUACCUACGGGAUGAGUCUGCUUUUAAAGCUACCUGCUGUUAGACACCAUAAGAGCCAAUAUAUUAUACACCAUCUGCCCUGGUUAAUUGGGAGCUUUGGUGUCCUUAUACUUGACUUUUUUAUGACGGCACAGUUCAUAAUUUAUCAGAAAAACAAGACGAAUAAGACUAAAGAUUUAUUUGCAAUUGAAGUGGAACCUUUACUUGUAGAUGAAAAAGAAAUCUAAAGUUUAAGGGCAGGUGUACAUACCCUUGCUGUCAACUGUAAACAAAAGUGAACUGCUGGCUGGAAUUUUAGGAAUUAUGCCCUUUAAUAUUUAAAGUUCAUUAAUCUGUUUACAUUCCAUAUGGACUUUCUUCCAAGAUGUUAUCAUCCAUAGCAUCUUCAACUGAAGGUGUUAUAUAAGAAGCUAACACAAGUUGAGAAUGUAAGCUGACCAUAGACGCAAAGAUCCGAUCGUUCGAAUCCUUGAACAAUCCGACUUCCCCAUCUCCAGACCUGCCACUAACCUUCCAGAUCAAAUAAAGUAGUAAAAGAACAGAUCAGCCGAGGAUUCGUACGACUGGAUCUAUGGCCAGCUGAAAGCCUAAAACAGAAUAUAGCUAGAAAUGCUGUUUCAUGUUUUAAACUUUCUGUACAAGCCCCAAACUCAACUCUCAGUCUUUUGACAGUCACGAUCCAUGUCUUCAAUUCAGUCUAAAAAAAUCCAAGAUGAGAUCUGCAGUUGACAAAGAUACAAGAUAACUCGAAAGUUCAGGGACAUCUCCAGUGUUCCCUUGUACACAUUUUGAGGACAGUGCACACAAUAAAUCAUUUUACAAAUAAUUUUGUACUUACUCUUAACUGUUCACUGUUUUUUAAAAGUGCGGCCACAAUAAUUUAUUUUACGUUCUCAACCAGGGAAUACUGGGCGCAUCUAAUAAAUGCAUGUUGCAGUGCUACACUGAUUGCAGUUAAAUUUAAAUUAGUCUAGUUGGAUUUUCUAGACAAAUCUCAUGCCUCCCAACUGUCCUAUUUUUCGCAGGACAGUCCCUAUUGUGAUAGCUCAACCCCCAGUCCCAGAUUAUAACUGAAAUGUCCUGACUUUCUCUUUGAUCUCCUGCAUUGAACUGCCAGAAAAAGAUACAAUGUUUCUAACUUAAUUGGCUUUUGGCAGAGAGCACAUAAUACAUGGCAGGUGCACUUAGAUACAUUUGUUACAAUUUUAGAUGAGCAAAGAAACAAUUGUAAUGAAGAUAAGCAGGUGUCUGUGACUGACUUGCAGCUUAAAGGGCAAUUCACCUUCAUUAGCAAAACUGUAAUAACGCAUAAAAAUCACAAAUAUCUUCAAACUUUCAUAACCUGCCAAAUUGUGUAAAAUGAUCAUGGUAAUUAGGGGGUGUGGUCAAGAAUGUGCCCCUCCCUUUGUCCCUCUUUCUACUUCCAAAAUGUUGGGAGGUAUGGAAUCUCUGAAUUAUCAAGUGAUCUGAUAAUACUAUGUUAGACCAUUGUCAUGUGCUGUGAAUCAGUAAUAAAAUAAGAUGGUGAGUUACUAGGGACAGAGACAGAUCUUCACUGCUAAGGUCAAUGACACAACACUGAGCACGUUAAGAGAAGUGUUUUCUAUUAACCUAAAAACGCUGUGCCCAAAGCAGCCAUAGUUUGUAAAGUAAAUCCGCUGACAAGCCCUCGCAUCAGUGUUUUUAAAGCUAAAGUAGUAAAAACAUGUGUUUCAGAGCUAACAUCCUCAGUGCUGUGGAGGACUGCUUGGGGCAUCAUAUUUUCAGCACGUGAAAUCCAGUUGAAAUGUUUUAAAUAAAACUAUAGCUUGGGCAUAUCUAGCACUUUGUAGAGAAUCAUCUAUUCUGUGUGCGUAAUACAGUAUGGGAUCUGUUAUCCAGAAUGCUUAUGACCUGGGAUUUUCUGAAUAAGGGGUCUUUCCAUAAUUUGGAUCAUAUUUUAAGUCUUCUAGAAAACAUGUAAACCUUAAAUUAACCCAAUGGGAUUGUUUUGCUAAAAAUAACGAUUUUAUUUAACUACAGGGAAAAAGUAAAUACAAAAGAUAUGCUUAAAUGGAGUUUAUUAUGGCCUUUCUGUAGUUUUGAGAUCUGGAGAGAACUGGUGUCUGAUAAGGGAUCCCAUACGUGUAUUUUCUGUAGCACAAUAUCUGUUGUUGUUUUUUAUUUACUGUGCUUUAGACUUCAGGUAAAGCCACCAGGCAUCAGUGAGAGCUGCUUAUCACAGAUAACAGAACUUUGAAAUGUUUACAUUUUUUCUGACUUCUGAAUGUGACACAUACUGUUUUUACAGGUGGACUUUAUAAAAACCUGCCAGUGCCGUUCCUUUAGUACAAAUGGCAGUGCUUAGCCUCCAUUUCUAUUCUCCACAAGAUACUUGUGCUAGACAAUAGCGCGCCCUUCUCCGGCUGCUACUCUCAGUAUGCUCCAUCACUACAAUAUUUCCAGCCUCUUGCAUUUUGUUACCAGCCAAGUGAUAGCAGCAUACUAAGUGAUCAGUCAAAGAAUAAUGGCUGCUAUUAUCUGAACCAGGUUAGUAUCUGUAGGAAGGAAGGGUAAGAGCUUUUAAUAUGCUCUAGCUGAUCUCCUAUACUAAGCAACUUUUACAUUUGUUCUUCAUUAUUUAUUUGGUUUAUAUUAUAAAGUAUUGUCAAUUCUCCAGCAUAAGCUGUCCUCAUGCUGCAACAUUUCAUUACUCACCUUUGACAAACUCCCUCCGCUGGAUGCUUGUUGUUAUUACGCAAGGCCACUUCCUGAAUUUGUUCUGCACCUCCAUAUGGCUUAUGGCAGAACUGCAUUUGGACUUAUCUGGCUACUGUAAUUCUACCAUGUGACCCAGCAUAGUGCCUUGUGGGAGCUAAGACUCCAUUUUAUAGUCCAUAGUAAAUCUGUUUUAACCCACCUCUACAGCUGUCCGCACCUCAAAGACACUGCUGCAGAUAACAUUUGGGCCAGCCAAUGUGCUUGAUGCUGCAGUUAAUGUUCAUGUUACAUGUUUGUAUGUUGUACCUUUCAUUGCAAACAUACUUAUUGUAUUUUCUGUUAUUCGUUACAGUUUCACCUCUCUACUCUACUCUAUUCCACUUGCCUAUCCAGUAAAAUCUACAGACUCCAA